AUGAGUGAAAGUCGGCUGAGGUGGAGAUAUUCGGUUUUGAGUGCACUGACGCUAUUCACAUUGUUUUUAUUAUUUUCAUCAUCUGCAAGUCGCUUUAAGCUUUCAGGAUGGUCCGAUGAUUCCAAUAUCGAUUUGUCUGGCCAAUUCGAAUAUCAACCUGCCGUCGUCGCUGGUGCGCCGGUUCAAGUGCCGGCACCUAGCAGUGAUUCCACGACAUUGCAGCAUGGUUCACAUCCACCUAGCCUCGAUGUUGCUGGGCCUGGAAAGCGACCUCACAAAAUAGUAGGGAUGGUCUUUGCCGGAAGGAAGGAAUAUGUAUCCAUAUUGGAUUGCUAUCUCCAACGGAAUUUGGUCCGGAAUGGUGGUUGGUUGGAUGAAAUCAUGUUCAUUAUGCAUGUCAACCGGACGCAAGAUAUUGUCUAUCUUCACGAUCUCACUGACAACGUUCCUGAAUACACUCUACACGAGAUAUAUGGUGAAGAGGAAGAGGACAACCGCAAACCGUUUUCUGAAGCUUACAAACUCUGCAAGCCUGGUACCCUCUACGUCAAAAUCGAUGAUGAUCUACUAUUCAUGGAAGACAAUGCAAUCCAGUCGAUUGUUCAGCGUAAAGUUGACAAUCCCGAGUGCGUCAUGGUCAGUGCAAAUGUCAUCAAUUCGCCUGCAGCUUCCUGGGUCACUCAACAUCACCUGGGCGCUACCAAGCCAUACCUGCCUGAAAGCUCAAUACCCGAUGGCUUUGUGGAUGAUGAUCGACGACAUAUGGUUGAUUGGCGAUCAUCGACGCUACCGCAUUGGGAAAGCAACAGUGCCUACAAUUUCACUAUUGGGAGUUCCCCACCAUUCAAAGGUCAUAGAUGGCUCCCACUUGGUAAAGGUGACUAUCAUUUCACCCCAGCCGAUUCAAUAGGGCGACAAGACAACAUCUCCCUUGCAAAAAAUGCUUCAUCUGAAUAUCUGCCAUGGACAGUAGCAGCACAACAGCAUUACUCGUUUCUUGAACACCUUGAAAAGGGUCAACUCUCGCUAUAUAAAUUCGAUAACUGGACCUAUGACCGGACCAGUCGAAACAUCAACUUUAUAGCCUUCUCUGGUGAUGAUGUGGUUAAACAUCCGGUUAGUGGAAACGACGGCACCUGGUUCACACAGAAACUCCCUUCCCAACUUAAGCAAUCUGCUGUGGUGGACGGGUCCGCUAUCGUUGUUCAUUUCGGUACACGUUUUCAGACUUCACCAAGUGGCGGCAUUCCUGGCCGUGGACUUCGAGAUACCGACUUGCUGCGCCGAUACAGAAGUUAUGCUACCGAGUUCAUCUGUGGCAAGCCUUGGGGUUCGCCAAUGCACUGA